AGCAGGUGCUGUACGCCAUGUUUACACACCCGCACGGACUGCAGCACCGGGUGUCCACGCAGCUACAGAUGUACACGUGGUCGCUGAGCUGCGUGUGGGACUGCUGGUUCUACCUGGGUUACCUGUGUUAUCGCGAGGAGUGACAUGCCGGCUACCGAGGCUACCUGUGAUGCUCGGUCCUUUGUCAACCACCUGUCACUCAGUGUGCCACACGGCUACCGGCACUCCAUGGUCUUCGACUGUCCGUACUUGCCGGAGUUAGACUGGCUACCCGUUUAUACAGAAAAUACAGAUGUUUACAUGUUUAGUGAGACGUCACAGUGUAGACGUGUGCAGGUCUCCAUCUGUGCAGCAGAGCAGUCAACAAUGAAGGCGGCGGCCAUUCUCUGCCUCCUCUGCUUCACACUUGUGAAAAGCCAGGACCAGACACUGUCGGAACUGUUGGCGCCAUUUAUGGGUCAGAUCCGAUCAGAGGUCAACAACCUGUACGUCAGAGCCGACACCAACAACAACGGUCACUUUGACUUGGACGACUUGCGUUCAGUCUUUGAGGAGUAUGACAUAAACAAGAACCACGAGGUGACACGUGACGAGUUCGUGCAGCAUUUCGCCGGCAACUCCAGCACGCUCCGCAUCGUGGCGCUGGGGCUCUUCCUCGACAUGGACUCCGACAAGAACGGCAUGCUGGAGCAGAACGACGCCACCACCUACUUCAACAAGAUCGACACCGACGAUGACGGCGAGGUAAACCGCGAGGAGUUUGUCAGCUUCUUUACACAGCUGUUCGAGCAGCUGUUUCUCAUCCAAAUCAUCGUCAGUCAUGGCGGCCUGACUACAACCCACGCUCCGUAAGAGGACGAGACUGGCGCUGAUGGCGGUACCAGGACUGCAAGCAUCCAUCUCUUGUUAGCACUGUCAGCACAUCUCAGGCACUGGCACGAGUGAUCUCUCCUAUCUCAGCACUAAAGAAGUCAAAGGGCACUAACUCGUGGUCACUUCCGCUCUUAUUACACGCCUUGUGAGAGUUGUACUUGUAUAGGAAAUAAACAGGAUUCCCAAAGUUUCA